AUGGACCCGGUUUCCGCACUCGGUGUUGCCGCUGCCGUUGUUCAGUUCGUGGACUUCGCAUAUGGUCUGAUUUCUACCAGCAAUAAGAUCUUUCACUCAAUAAAAGGCGCGAGCCUCGAAAACCUGGAAUUGAAGGAAGUGUACGGAAUGCUUUAUAGACUUGGUGCAGAGCUUGAGAUUCGUCCUCGCCCGGAGGGGACAGCAUCGACAUUGGGAUCUGCAUUACCGUCUUCAAAACAAGUAUCUGAUCUCAGGCAGCUUUCUGAGGCCUGUAAAUUAGAUUGCGAUGAACUCCUUGGAAUACUCCGAAAGUUAACGGUUGAAAAAGGAAAAAAUCGCCUGUGGAGAAGCGUGAAGGCUGCUUUACAAAAUGCCGCAAGUCGUCGGAAGAUCGCCGAAAUAGAGGCCCGAUUAGAAAGGGCACAGAGGACCAUGUCGCUUCUCAUUGCAACUAUUACAAGGGACCAUGUCUCUGAUCUUGAAGAGACACUGAAAUCUCUGAAGAAGCAAAACCAACGGCUGCAUGCAAGUCAGACAUCCAAGAUUGACGGCAUAUCUAAAAGACUUGAUGGUCUCAAGUUAACAGAAGCUUCGCGACCGGAAAUGCCCUCGGUCGACCAGAUAGAGAACCUAAUAACAAAACUCUCUGCUCUGUCUACAGAUUUUGAUUCAACAUCCAGGGAGCAAGCGAUCCUGGAGAGCCUCUAUUUUCCAUGCAAACCUGUCCGUCACGGAACCAUUCCCGACGCCUACGCCAACACGUUCCGAUGGAUUUUCCAAUCAAGCUUUUCACAAUGGUUAGAGUCCCAGAAUGAAAGUUUCUGGAUUUCCGGCAAGGCGGGCUCGGGGAAGUCAACAUUUAUGAAAUUCAUCGCAGACAAUUCUCAGACAAGAGACAUCCUUCAGACUUGGGCCAGCCCGAAAAAGGUAGCAAUUGCAGCACACUACUUCUGGAGCUCAGGUACAGCCAUGCAGAAGUCCCAGCAAGGCUUACUGCAAUCUCUCCUUUUCGAAAUCUACAGGCAAUGCCCGUCUUGUAUUUCUGUAUCUUCUCCAAGCCGCUGGGAGGAAGCGGGCGGGCGGCUAUACGAAACAAGAACGAAAUCAUGGAUAGUUCCAGAACUUCUUGAAGCUCUUCGCACUGUGGCAAAACAAGAGGAUCUCCCUGUCAAGUUUUGCUUCUUCAUCGAUGGGAUGGACGAGUUUGAUGAUACCCAAUUAGAACACCGAGAACUUUGCGAGAUUUUCCACGGCCUUUGCCGAUCCCCUCAUAUCAAGAUUUGCACCUCCAGCCGCCCAUGGAAUGUCUUCGAGGAUGAAUUUGGGCAAGACCCUUCGACCAAGCUUUACAUCCAUGAGCUAACGAGGAACGACAUUGUCCACUUCGCAAAGGGCCGGCUGGAAGGCCAUCCGAAAUGGGCAACAUACACAAUGGAAGAAGAACAAAAACAAUCUCUAAUAAACGACAUCGGAGACAAAGCCAACGGCGUGUUUCUUUGGGCCUUUCUUGUGACUAGGUCCCUUAGAAACGGGCUGGACGAUGAGGACACGGUACAUGACCUUAGGAAACGACUGGAGUCCAUUCCUACAGAUUUAGAACGCCUUUUCAAGCACAUGUUAGAGUCAAUCGAGCCGGUCUAUCACGAAAAGAUGGCCGGAAUCCUGCAAAUUGCACUGCAUGCAAAGGCACCCCUUACGAUCGAUAUAUAUGGUUACCAUGAUAGAGAAUACCAGGACGAGAACUACGCAAUCAACUGUCCCGUCGAGGUGCCUACGAUAAAGCAGGGAUUGGAGCUAGAUAGGCAAACACGCCGACGAAUCAAUGCCAGGACCCGAGGGCUCUUGGAAGCAAAAAAAGACCAUGUUGAAUUCAUACAUCGGACGGUCCACGACUUCUUACAGACUACAGAGAUGAGCAAUUUCCUUCUAGCAAAAAGCAAGCCACGUUUCGACGCCUAUUGUUCCAUUCUGAGAGCCUACAUCGCUUUGAUCAAGUCCACUCGCUUUGCUAAGAUUGUGAGGACCUCACCCGGCCAAAGUGGUGGAUAUCUCAUCUCGUUAUUGCGAGAAACUUUGAACUAUGUUCCAGACGCCGCAGUCAGCAGCAAUAGCCAGGUAACGUUAUUACUGAACACAUUGGAACAUUCCAUUGGGGAAAUGUUCGAAACGUCUCAAGCCAGCUUUAUCUACGGAAAAUGCGAGGGAAGACUUCUUUUUCGAGAAGAGGCCCUUCGAUCCAACUUGGCCAAAUAUAUUUCACAGCCACCAAAGCGACAUGCGGAAGAAGAGUUUGCCCAAGAGACUGGGUCAAUGAAGAUAAAAGUAGACUAA